AUGGCUUUGAGAGUCAGCUGGAGUCAGCUCACUGUCAUGCAUUGUGUCAUGCUCCCUGAUCAUCUCGGACAGGAUAACUUUAGACCUCCCCUUCUGGAGAUGCUGGCCCGGCGUUGGCAAGACCGUUGCUUAGAGGUGCGAGGAGCUGCCCAGGCAUUGCUAUUGGCAGAGCUUGGUCGAAUUGGGAAGGAAGGUCGGAAGGAAACCAUAGACUCGUGGGCUCCAUACCUGCCUCAGUACGUCGACAGUGUCAUGUCUCCCGGAGUGACGACCGAAUCCAUUCAAGCUGGUAGUGCAAGUCCUGAUUUACAAGGGGCAGAUGCCAAAGUCCAGGAGGAAGAGGCAGACCUCACGGAUGAUGACAUUACUGCAGGCUGUUUGCCGGGCUUGAUGCCUUACACGAAGAAAAUGACGUCUUCCUAUGAAGAGCGCAGGAAGCAAGCCACUGCCAUCGUCCUCCUGGGGGUCAUCGGAGCGGAAUUCGGAGCCGAGAUCGAGCCACCGAAGCUGCCGAGCAGGACCCGGCACACCAGCCAGGUCCCAGAGGGCUUCGGUCUGACCACCGGAGGCUCCAACUACUCCCUGGCAAGGCAUACGUGCAAGGCAUUGACGUACCUGCUGUUACAGGCGCCUGCCCCGAAGCUUCCAGCACACAGCACCAUCCGCAGAACGGCCAUCGAUUUGAUUGGCCGCGGCUUCACCGUGUGGGAGCCCUACAUGGACGUGUCGGCUGUGCUGAUGGGACUGCUGGAACUUUGUGCCGAUGGGGAGAAACAUCUCCCUAACAAACUGCCGGUACUGCCUCUUAGCCCAGCCGCAGAUUCCGCCCGCUCAGCACGUCAUGCUCUCUCGCUCAUAGCCACAGCCAGGCCUCCAGCCUUCAUUACCACUAUCGCACGUGAGGUUCACCGACACACUGUUCUGGCAGCCAACACUCAGUCCCAGCCAAACGUUCACACCAGCACCUUGUCCCGCGCAAAGAAUGAAAUCCUGCGGGUGGUCGAGAUUCUGAUCGAGAAGAUGCCGUCAGAUGUCGUGGACCUCCUCGUGGAGGUUAUGGAUAUUGUCAUGUAUUGCCUCGAAGGGUCCUUGAUCAAGAAAAAAGGGCUUCAGGAAUGUUUUUCAGCAAUUUGUAGGUUCUACAUGGUGAGCUCCUGCGAGAAAAGUAACAGAAUAGCAGUGGGAUCGCGACACGGCUCAAUGGCUUUAUACGACAUCCGCACAGGAAAAUGCCAGACAAUCCAGGGCCACAGUGGGCCAAUAACCGCAGUGGGCUUCGCUCCUGACGGACGCUAUCUGGCCACGUAUUCCAAUGCCGACAGUCACAUCUCCUUCUGGCAGAUGAACACCUCCCUGUUGGGGAGUAUCGGCAUGCUGAACUCCGCCCCACAGCUGCGCUGUAUGAAAACCUACCAAGUGCCGCCCAUUCACCCCGCCUCUCCCGGUUCUCAAAACGCCCUGAAGCUGGCACGGCUGAUCUGGACGUCCAACCGCAACGUCAUUCUCAUGGUGCACGACGGCAAAGAGCACCGUUUCAUGGUUUGAAAGCCUCCCCUCCACCGAAUAAAACAAGCCGAUAUAGGAACGAAUGCCUGUUAAAUGUUUACAUUAAGUCUCUUUUACUUUCAAGGAUGUCUCUCCCCCGUUUGCGAUGUCAGCUUUCUGUGGGCUUUACUUUGCAGAGAUGGGAAACCAGUAUUGUAUUUGCUGAAUGAUCACUAAAUAUUCAAUGAUCUCUGGUUCUUUUUUUAUUUAAGUCGCCGCCGAACUUCUUCCCUCCCCUUCCCUCCCGAGAUUCUGCCUUUCCCGUGGUGUUCCCGCAGCACUCCUGCCCUUUGUUGUAAUGUAGAUUAUACAUCAUAAAAGUCGCAGUUGUUUGCACGAACCGCAGUUGCAUGCAUUAGGCGCGUUUUAUCUGUAGUGGGUUAUAGCGGAGGCACAUAAGGUGAGAAGAUAGACACUUGUGCGAUUUGCUGGUGACCUCCCCUAAGAGCAGGUGUAGCUGGAGAGAGAGGCUCAAUGGCAACCUUAACCAACAUUAAGUUAAGUUAAGUUAACGUUAAGCAACGUUAACCUUUCAUCUCUGGAAUCCAGGCUUGGGAGACCAUGGAAGGUCUUCCCUGUUGGCGGAGGGGAGUCUGAUAUGAAACAAGCUGGGGUAACUCUCGGUGUCCUGACCAACCAUCUCCCCAAAUACA